AGGAAAAGGAAACUGUGGCGCGCGUGAGUAACACACAAACUAAUCCUCUUUCUUAUUCUCAAUUUCUCUUCGUAUUUCCUCUCCAUUCGCAUUCCCUUUCGCCCCAACGCACUCUAACCUCUCCCAUCUCUAUCUUUUGCAUGUUCUCGGAGCUCCGGCUCCAUUAACGGAGCCCCGGCUCAACUAACUCAUUUUCAACAACGACAAAACGAAUCUCCAUUCUCUUCUUUUUUUCGAGAUCUCAAAAUGUCGAAACCCUGGGGUAACAUCGGCGCUUGGGCCGCCGAUUCCGAGCGCGCCGAAGCCGAGGAACGUGAAGCCGCUGCAGAAGCAGCAGCCGCUGGUUCAGACAAUUUCCCCAGUCUCAAAGAAGCUGUUACCACCAAGCCGAAGAAGAAUAAGAAAAUGUCGCUUUCUGAGUUCGCCAGAGGCGGUUACGUUGGUGGUACCGCUGAUUAUCCACGUUUGACGCCGGAUGAGAUGCUUCGUCUCCCUACCGGUCCUAAGGAACGUUCCGCCGACGAAAUGCAGUUUAAUCGUCUCGGCGGUGGAUUUUCAUCUUUUGACCGUUCAGGUCGCUCGAGGGAUCGAGAUGGAGGCUCUGGUGAUGCUUCGUGGGGAGCGGGAAGGAAAUCCUACGGUGGAUUUGACGAGGAACGUAGGGCUCCUAAUUCUAGGGUUUCGGAAUUCGAUCAACCGUCUAGGGCUGACGAGGUGGAUAAUUGGGCUUCGGUUAAGAAAUCGCUUCCUUCGUUUGAUUCCGGCAGGCAGAAUCGAUACAGCGGUGGUGGUGGUGGUGGUGGCGGUUUUGGCGGAGAGUCUAAGGCCGAUGGAGUGGACAAUUGGGCGGCUGGUAAGAAACCUAUUCCUGCUAGAUCUUCUGAUUAUCGACAUUCUGGAAUGAAUCCAGAUAGCUGGUCGAGGGGUUCACGUGUGGAACCAGAUCGGUGGUCUAGAGGAGCACCGGUUGAAACAGAGCAGCAGCGACCAAGGUUGGUUUUGGAUCCACGGAAAGGAGAUGGUUCUGUGAAUGAAUCUCCGGUGAAGACAAAUAAGCCAAAUCCAUUUGGUGCGGCGAGGCCUAGGGAGGAAGUGUUGGCUGAGAAAGGAUAUGAUUGGAAGAAGCUUGAUUCUGAGAUUGAGGCGAAAAAGACAAGUAGACCUACGAGUUCGCAUUCUAGCAGGCCUUCAAGUGCUCAGUCUAAUCGCUCGGAUGGUCCAGAGGCUGUGCCGAAACCGAGGCCAAAGGUGAACCCUUUUGGGGAUGCCAAACCAAGGGAGGUUUUGCUUAGUGAGCGUGGCAAGGAUUGGAGGAAGAUUGAUCUUGAAUUGGAGCAUCGCGGGGUUGAUAGGCCUGAGACGGAGGAGGAAAAAUUAUUAAAAGAAGAAAUUGAUAAUUUGAAGAAUGAACUUGAGAAGCAGUCUACAAUAAAUUCAAAUAAGGAAUCCGUCGACGACGCUGGUGGAGACCAAACUGGUACACGUGCAAUGCUACUAGAGAAAGAAAGGGAGCUGGAACUUCUUACCCGUGAUUUGGAUGACAAAGUUCGUUUUGGGCAGAAAGCCGUUGAAAGGCCUGGUUCGUCGGCUGGAAAGACUACUGGCUUUUCUGAUAGGCCACCAUCUCGAUCUAGCUCUUUUGAGGAUUCUAGAAGUGUGGAUUUUCAAGACAGACCUCGAUCCCGUGGCACAGGAGAUAUGUCGAUGCGUCCUAGUGAUGACAGAAGACAAUUUCAAGGUAGCAAGGAAAGGGGGUGGUUUUCAAACAACAGAGACUUGAAUAGGUCAAGGUCCAGAGAGAGAUGGUGAACAUCAGUUUUUUGUGGAUUAAGAGUUAUCUUCAACUUUUGAUGACCAGAACCUAAUACUAUUUUGUUACUCGUAUUUUUCUAAUCGUUUUGUUCAAUUUACUCCAGGAUUUGGAGCAACAAUCAUUGAGUACUGUCACUAAAACAUUUGCCUAAUCUGUUAUUGCAUCUCAAAACAUUGUAAAUUUUAUUUUCCCCUUCUGGUUAUUUUUUGGGUGUCUGGAUGAAGGCAGAAAGCCUGUAAUUUUAUUAGGACAAAAAUUUAUUGAAGAUUAUGGAACUUGGUAGUUAAUGUCAUAUUGUUUUAUUACUAUAA